CACGUAAAGCCAACAUCAUAAGUCAAUCCACUCAGGAAAACUGUCCCCUACCGCAAAUAUCAGCGCACAAGAUGUCCAACCUCAUCAGGACCAUCUCCCGUUCAUACCCAUGGAUGAAAUCUCCAUUUAUCGUCAGUGCGCCGAUGCGGGUAAUGUCCGGCCCCACCCUAGCUGUUGCUGUCUCGCGCGCAGGCGGACUGGGAUUCAUCGGGCCGGGCGUGAAGACCCAAGAUAUCAGCGCUGAUCUCGAAGAAGCUUCGACCUUGAUAAAAAAGCUCUCUACACCCCAAACCCAGCCUACUUUACUCCAAAACCAACCCGUCCUCCCAGUAGGCAUCGGCUUCCAACUCUGGAGCGACGACAUCGAAGUCGCCGUCUCCACUAUAGCCAAACACAAGCCCUGCGCCGCCUGGCUCUUCGCUCCGCGCAACGGACAGAAAGACCUGGAUACCUGGUCCCGGCGGAUCCGGCAUGCAUCCCCAUCCACCCGCAUCUGGAUCCAGAUCGGCACGCUAGCUGAAGCAAGAGAGCUGCUCCAGGGCAGUGAAGAACCGGACGUGGUUGUCGUGCAGGGGGCAGAAGCAGGCGGACACGGGCGGGCUAACGACGGUCUCGGAAUUAUGGCACUACUCCCGGAGGUGUUGGACUGUCUUCCGCCGCAUAUCCCUGUGUUUGCGGCUGGGGGGAUAGCUGACGGGCGUGGCGCGGCAGCGGCGCUCUGCCUUGGGGCUACGGGAGUAGUAAUGGGGACGCGGUUCCUUGCUGCUACUGAAGCGAGGAUUAGUCCGGGAUAUCAGCGGGAGAUUGUGCGGGCUAGCGAUGGGGCGGUCUCGACGACAAGGACGUUGCUGUAUAACCAGCUGAGGGGUACGGUGGGCUGGCCGGAGGAGUACAGUCCUCGGACGAUUAUCAACAAGUCGUUCAUUGAGCAUCAGACAGGUCGGCCGUUUGAUGAGCUGAAGGAGCUUCAUGAUGAGGCUCUCAAGGCGGGAGAUGCUGGGUGGGGACCGGAGGGAAGGCUAGCGACGUAUGCUGGUGCUGCGAUUGGGUUGAUUCAUGAUGUGAAAGAUGCUGAGGGGAUUGUUCAGGAUGUGCAAGAAGAAGUUUUACAGAGGCUUUCAAAUGUGCAGAAGGCCAAUUCGGCGCAGUAGAAGGAUGGAAUUGCUUUGUAUAUGGUCUUAAGACUGUCUCCCUAUACACUACAAGACAUACUUUAGAAGACAUGCGGAUAUACUACGAGAUAUCCCAUCACACGGCUAUCAUCGAAUAAGACCUAUCCACGGUCAUUGCGGUU